AUGGGCAGCGAAGACCACAUAGUGAUGCUCCCUUUCAUGGCGCACGGCCACCUGAUUCCCUUCCUCGCUCUGGCGAAACAGAUCCGCGGCCGAACUGGGUUCAUCGUCACCAUCGCCACCACCGGGCUCAACGCCCAAUACCUCCGAUCAAGCCUCGCCUCCUCCCACUCCGACAACGACACCAUCCGCCUCGUCGAGCUCCCUUUCUCCGGUGCCGACCACGGCCUCCCCCCUGGAGCCGAGAACUCCGAGAAUCUCCCCUUGGACUUGAUCGUCAACCUCUUCCACGCCUCAACCGCCCUCCAAACCCCAACCCACGACCUCGUGUCGAAAAUCACGGCGGAACAGGGCGGCCGGCCGCCGCUCUGCAUAGUCUCCGACGUCUUCUUCGGAUGGGCGAACGACGUCGCGGAGGCAACCGGGACCAGGAAUUUCACUUUCUCCACCGGCGGAGCUUACGGCACCCUGGCCUACGUCUCCAUCUGGACGAAUCUGCCUCACCGGAAUCUCACCGACUCGGGGGAAUUUGCGGUGCCCGGAUUCCCCGAUAAUCGCCGAUUCCACAUCACCCAGCUGCAUCAAUUUCUGAGGAAGGCCGAUGGGGAAGAUCCGUGGUCGAAAUUCUUCCAGCCCCAAAUUUCCAAAUCCCUAGAAAAAUCGUACGGAUGGCUCUGCAAUUCCGUGGACGAAAUCGAACCCCUAGGAUUCGAACUCCUCGGGAAGUAUUCAAAUCGUCAGAUCUGGGGGAUCGGCCCUCUGUUGCCUCCAGAAAUUCUUCGGAAAUCGGGUACUACUACCAAAGUCCGGCGGCAAUCGGGAAAGACGCCGGGGGUUUCUGCGGAGAAGUGUAUCGAAUGGCUCGAAUCCCACGAACCGGGUUCGGUUCUGUACAUCUCGUUCGGAUCCCAGAACAGCAUCAACCCACAGCAGAUGAUGGAGCUCGCGGCGGGGCUAGAAGAACAGAGCGCCGUGUCUUUCCUAUGGGUGAUCCGGCCGCCGAUCGGGUUCGACCGGAGAUCCUAG